UUUUCAGCAGGGCUAGUCAGUAAAAAACAAUGUUGCGGAGAUUAAGAACAUUUAAUAAAAUUUAUAAUUCAUACAGAGCAGUCAGUUGUUCAGCAUGGCUUAAAAGAAGUGAUGAAAUCAUUAGAAAGAAUGACGAUAUAUCAUCAUCAGUUGCCACAAAGUUUCAAGUAUUCAGGAAUGAGUCUGUCGGUGAAAUUCUUGACAUAGAAGAGGAAAGAGCUAAAUUAAGGCAGCAACAAGAGGAGCAGAUUGUUGAUAUUGAUGAAACAGAAGUUGAAGCACUUCCAUCGAUCUAUUCGGAUCUCAAUCUAGAAAGAGGUAAAACUGGAGUAUUUGACAUUGAGGACUUGGUUGAGUUGCUUAACAGAGAGAAUGCAAUUGAUUUGUGUGUAAUAAAAGUACCAGAACAAUAUUCGUAUGUUGAUUACAUGGUAAUUGUCACUGGAUCUACAUACAGACACAUGCUUGGAAUAUCAAGUUUCGUCCGAAAAGUUUUUAAGUUAAAAAGAGGCAAACAUGAUCCGAUCCCGAAAAUUGAAGGCAAGAACUGCAAGAAUUGGAUGGCUAUGGAUCUAGGAAAUAUAGCAUUUCAUGUCUUUUCAAAAGAGUCGAGAGAAUAUUAUAAUUUAGAGUCAUUGUGGCUAUUAGGUGAGGAAUAUGAGAGAAGAAUUCGAGGAACCGAUCAAUCACAAUCAGACAGCCUGUAUCAAGAAUUUUUCGUUGACUCAAAGACUCUAGCUGAAAGAGAUAAUAAGGAGAAAAAUUUAUUUAAAGACACUGACAAGGAGACUUAGU